AGUGGACACAGGCUCCCUCUGCACUACAGAGGGACGAUGUGUCAGAGUUUGCCACUGUCAAACAGGUGUUGAGGUUGGGUUAAACACGUGAGAAUGAACCGGUGACGUUACAGAUCUCUAAAACCAGAUUCAUUCUCUGGCCUGACUUCGCAAAACGGAAUUAUUAAUCUUGUCGUGUAAGAAUGAUUGGAUUAGAUUGGUGUGUUCAAAAUAUGGGAUUACUGUGUGAGCCAUAGCCCUCUUCUGAGUUGGAUAUUACCCCUGUGGAAAAUAUCCGGGUAUUACAGUUUGGAUAUUACGAUGACGGAGACGUAACGGGUGAGUUUUGGAUAUUAGGCGUUGGCCAAAGUUGCGGAUAUUACCCCUUGGAUCACUCCUUUUUGGAAGUAUGUGCCCAAAAUGGAUAUAACGCAAGAUUUUUAACAGGAAAGUAGUUACGUUCACAUGUAACCAAACUUUUUUUUGUUGCUCUUUUUGUUUGCCUUGCACGAUUAUCACAUCACCCAUUCGGUAAUUGUUCUAACUGUCUGUCAUGGUCAGCUGUGGAUGUGUAUUGCUCUGCUGGAUUUAAAACUCGAGACUCGUAAAGAUUGCUGGAUUUAGAACAGGAUUAAGGUGAGGUUGCCGUUACUGGGUCCAUGUGGAGUUAAGUGAUUGUCAGGGCUUCAUCAUUUCCAUCUGAUUCACCGCCCAUCACACUUAGAGAGGGACAUAAACGUGAAUCUCUAUGGAUUUUUAUUGAAACCCUCGAAGACCAGAAGACAUCUCCAUCUGGAUGGAGGAAGAUUCCCACGGCCUUCAUGUUGGAUGUAAUCACUUGUUUGGAUGUAUAGGUGUAGAUCAAACGCGAGCCUUUUAUUGGAUUACGUGAUCUCGUGUGGAUGUACACACCAACACACCCAUUUUAUUGGGGUUCAGAUGGACAAUAGAAGUCACGGCAUCUUCAAGAUGAUAGGAGAGGCGUUUCCUGAAGUCUGAAUGCUGAGGAACUAAUAUGUGGAAUACAGACUGGAAUAACAUGCUUGAUUUUUUUGUCCGUUAUUACGCUGAUGAAAUAAUGAUGAGUUUGGAUUAUUCCUGUCUUGACCAGUGGUGAAAAAGAAAGAACACGUUUUUCUGGACUGUCCAUUCCAAGUAAUGUACCUGAAGGGUUUCUGUCAGGAGUAAAGUGUUUUUUUUCCAAACCGUUCUUGAGUUUCUUUAGCACUCGUUGCGUCUUGAGCAAAGCGACUCUCUCUGUACCGGAUGAAGAUUUUUUUCAUGAUCGGAAUUGGGACCUUAUUUUCCCGGCGUCACUGUUUUUGGCUCACACAAAAUUCCUCCUAUAUUGUAUUUGGAAUAUGUAGGGUCAGUUACUGCUCUCAAAAGCAGCUCUGACAGUCGGGAGCGAGCGUACGAACACAGUCCUUACGGACAUCAUGAACGUGGCGGCAGUUUCGACAGGCCGCGGCAUUACAACACGGACUAUUAUCGGGACCGUUCUAUGUUUGCCUCUGCAGUCAGUUCUAGCCCUGGCGCUAGUUCUAUUAGCGGUGGCUUUGACACCCCGGAGUCUCACUUUGAGUCGCGAAUUCGUGAUCCAUUUACGCUUUCCAGCUCUGCUCGCCGCGACCCUUACCGUGAAGACCGGGGCCGGCGUGCAGAUCGGACGUACCAUCACCGGCGGAGUCGAUCCUCACACUCUUCCCAGUCUCGACACCUGUCGCCCCAGAGGAGCACGGGGCAGACCCCUAAAGCACCUCCCUCACCUAAAAGAACCCCUGUUUCACCUGGCCGAGGUCUGCGGUCACGUUCACGUAGUCAGUCUUCAAGCUCUGAUUCUGUCAGCAGCACCAGCAGCACUGGAAGUGGAAGCAGUGAUUCAAACAGCAGCUCCAGUGAAGGGUCUAGAGCGCGCUCCGUGCAGUCUGCGGCGACUCACGCACCUCCACCACCUCCUACACUUGCUUUAGACCCUGAUGAGCCCCGGAGAAGCUUUGGUAUCAGAGUCCAGAACCUUCCCACACGAUCUACAGACACAAGCUUGAAAGACGGGCUUUUCCACGAGUUUAAAAAAUAUGGGAAAGUGACAUCAGUGCAGAUUCACGGCGCAUCCGAGGAGCGCUACGGCUUAGUGUUCUUCAGACAGCAGGAGGACCAGGAGAAAGCUCUCGGCGUUUCUAAAGGAAAACUUUUCUUUGGGAUGCAGAUUGAGGUCACCGCCUGGAACGGCCCUGAAACGGAAAGUGAAAAUGAGUUUCGGCCCCUGGAUGGACGCAUUGAUGAAUUUCAUCCAAAGGCCACCCGUACGUUGUUUAUAGGAAAUCUAGAGAAGACUACAAAUUAUCAGCAGUUACUUGAUGUUUUCCAGCGUUUUGGAGAGAUAGUGGACAUUGAUAUCAAGAGGGUUAAUGGUGUUCCCCAGUAUGCAUUUGUUCAGUACUCUGAUAUUGCAAGUGUUUGUAAAGCCAUCAAGAAAAUGGAUGGAGAGUAUCUCGGAUCGAACAGACUGAAGUGUCAUGUCAUGUUACAGCUUGGCUUCGGGAAGAGUAUGCCAACAGCGUGCGUGUGGUUAGAUGGAUUAACCUCUAAUAUUACAGAACAGUACCUCACACGACACUUCUGUCGUUACGGACCUGUUGUCAAGGCUGUGUUUGAUAGGUUAAAAGGAAUGGCUCUUAUUCUGUACAACAACGCAGAUUUUGCUCAAGCGGCUGUCAGAGAAACCAAAGGAUGGAAGAUCGGAGGGAACAAAAUUAAGGUGGAUUUUGCCAGUCAGGAGAGUCAGAUGGCUUUCUAUCGUUCUAUGCAGGCAUCAGGACAGGACAUCCGCGACUUCUAUGAAAUUUCAUCAGAGAGGAGAGAUGACCGGAGAGCUUCAUAUCAUGACUUCGCAGCAGAAAGGGCAUAUUAUGAGAAUGUGCGGACCCCUGGCAUUUAUACUGAAGACCCCCGACGAGACUACUCUGGUCGCAGCCGUGAUCGCUAUGCAGAGUUGGACCAUUACCAAGGAGACCAUUAUGAUCCCCGGUACCACGAGGACCCACGUGAAUACAGAGAUUAUCGAGACCCUUUUGAGGAUAUCAGGAAGUACAGCUACAUCCAGCGAGAACGAGAGCGGGAGCGGGAACGCUUUGAGGCAGAUCGAAGCAGAUGGAGCCCAUCACAUCCACGCCGCACCAUAAGUCCCUCUGCUUCACCCUCACCAUCUGAUCGUGUGUCACGGGAAGCUGAAAGACGAGUGUACAGGCACUCUUCUGAAAGAUCUGGAAGCUGCAGCUCUUUAUCUCCACCACCACCACCACCAUCUCAGUUUGACAAGACAGAAAAGUCCCCAGUAGAUUUCAAAGGGGAAGAGCCGGAGCAGGAACUGGAGCAGACUGAGGCAGAGCGUGUGAGUGCGACUGAAAACAAGAAGCGUGGCAGACGCAAGGAAAAGUCUGACAGGGAGAAAGGGGAGAGAGCCAAACAAAGGAGAGGAAAAGUGCAAUCGCCCAGCGCAUCUCAUUCAGAAGCGGAUAGAGAGGCUUGUCCAGAAUUAAGUGGGAAAGUAAAAGUUUCAGAUGUGGAGAGAGAAGAAAGACCAAAGCAUAAAGGAGACAACGAGCUCUCCCCAGCUGACAAUGUGACUCGCAGUGAAUCGCAAAAGGGAGAACGACUUGAUCAAGGGAAAAGUGAGUCAUUGGAUCGCGAUGGCAAAGGAAAGGCAAAGAAACACUUCAAAGCUGAAUCUGGUAGCGAUGGCAAAGAUUCCCUUUUCGAUUCUAACAGACUUGAAGCAAGAAAGAGACGCUUUGGUGAUCCCAGUGGGAAAGCUGUAAGGCAGAAAAAAGGACGCAUGGAUGAGGAUCCAGGUUCUUCAGACUUUGGUCCUAACCCAGGGUUCACAAAAGAGACUGAUGCUGAUGUAAAAACAGAGAAAGAGGUUCAGAAAAGAGAACACUCCAAAGUCAAGAUGACGUCUCAUUAUAGUCACAGGGUAGAGCUCGAUAGCAGUCUGAGAGGAACGUCUCAGGGCCCAUUGGUACGACCAGGUGAAUCCUCCGAGGUGGAACCUAUAGACUCCAAAUCUCACCCUGGACAAAGUCUGUCUAGGCGGACUUCAACUGACGUAACCUCAGAAAAGGAUCAAAAAGCAAGGGACGAGUAUCUAGAUAAUAUUGACUUGUCUCAGAGUUAUCGCAAACAGAUGGAGCAGAAUAGGCGACUACGGCAACAGCUGCAGGAGCCUGAUAAACCGGGAAAACCAGAAACUCUUCUGGGUUUAGAUGCAGAAGACCUUGAACAUCGUAGCCUGGUGCAUGAAGUAGGUAAACCUCCGCAAGAUGUUACUGAUAAUUCUUCCCCGAUUAAGAGCAAGAAGCAAGAGGCAUUUGAAAUAGAUAUGAGUGCUAAGCGAGAACGGAUUUACCGAACCUUCAGGCAAAAGAGCGAAGACUCAGAAUGGAAUAACACAAACUCUCCACGAUUUCAGCAUGCCCCUCAACAAAGAGAAGAAGAUUAUACGGACGCUCAUAGUCAAUUGACUGCUAAAGAGCCAUCUAGACCUGAUGAUAAUGUUCAGCCAGAUCCAGAGCUUCCAGAUAAACAGAUGCAUGCACCACAAAUGUCAAAGAUGAACACAUCUCAACAAGAUGAGCAGCAAAGACGCUGGGAUAGUCGACUAAAGCAAGACUUGUUGCCAGACUUUUCAAGAAGCUCAGAGAAAAGACGUCUCAAUCCGAAGUUCUUGGAUUAUGGACUUUGGCCUGAUUUAGAACCUGGAGAAGUGCGCUCAGACUCUGAAGAGGAUCGUGAAAAUAAAUCAAACUCUCCUUCGCCCUCGACCUCUGUAUCCUUCACAGGAAGACAUCGUACAGACAGACUGACAGAGUCGUCAAAGCUAACAUUCUCUCUUGAGAGAAACAAGUUCCGCUCCUUCGCAGAUGAUCAAGCUAUCACACCAGAUACUAAAGCUUUGUUAGAACGUGCGAAGUCUUUGUCUUCAUCAAGAGAAGAUAACUGGUCUUUUCUCGAUUGCGACUCGCAUUUUGCCAGUUUAAGAAGCCGAAAGGACACAGAAAAAGUAGAGGCAGCACCACGGCCGACACCCUCAUGGUAUUUGAAGAAAAAGAAGAUUCGAAGCGAGUCUGAUGACAAAUUGGAUGAGAGAAAAGUAGAUCCAAAGCCAGAAGAACAAGAGCGGCGAGAGCUGUUUGCAUCACGCUUUCUUCACAGUUCUAUUUUUGAGCAAGAUUCAAGACGCCUCCAGCAUCUGGAAAGAAAGCACGAGGAGCCUGAACAACAUGGUGUUGGAUGUUUGUAUUCUCAGCAAGGCUCUGCUGAAGGGCAGCCAGAGCCGGAACCAGUUGUGCUUUUUCACAGCCGCUUUUUAGAGCUUACCAGGUUGCAGCAACGGAAGACUAAAGAACAAUGCCAUCAAGUUUCCAAGCAAGGCGAAAGCACAGAUGAGAUUAAAUUAGAUAAAAUAGAAGAGGAAGAACAAGAAGCACAGCAGCCGAAUGCCACUGAAGCUAAUCUUAUCCAUCAAACGGAGGUCAAAUCGAUUAGCCCUGUUCAUGCACCAGAGACUAGUUCAGUUCAGGCCCCUCUAACAUCUCCACACGUUGUAGCGCCUAAAGAAUCUUUGCCAGCAGUAGAAAUGGAAAAUGCUGAUGUUGCAUCCCAUAGUUUGCCUGAGCCUACUGUGAAAGAGGAAGCUCAAGAGCCUGAAGAGCCCUCAGCUCAGCCACCACACCCUUUGAUUGAGCAAAAUAUUGAGUCAAAUUCCUCAGAUUGCCAAGAGGCGAAAACUUCAGUUGAUGAGAUGAAAUCGUCACCGAAGACUAAUGAAGUGGAGCGUGUUCAUGAAGAAGUCACAGAACAGCUCACAAAUGAUGAUGCACAACCAAAAGUUGAGCUGUCAUUGAAAUCACCUGAACCACCUAACUCCCCCCCCCUACAAGUCCCUGCUGAAGAACCUGAAACAGAACUUGUGCAGUCUGUUGUAGAAGCUGAACCUAACAGUGCAGAUGAACAGAAAGGUACUGAACAUUGUGCUGUUGAAGAAGCCGUUUCACCCCCUCCAAAGUCAAGAACUAAAAAGGCUAAAACCUCACCCACUGUACCAGCAGCAGCUGCCAUUCUGCCUGCUACUCCAGACAAACAAACCACCCGCAAAAGUGAGCGUAUUGACAAAGAAAAACUGAAACGCUCAUCUUCUCCCAGAGGUGAGGCAUCCAAGGCAAUGCCUGAUUCAAAGUCACUCAACAAAUCUCCAGUGCACAGCUUGGAUCUGGAGCAAGGUACAGAGCAAACAGCACUGCCAGUUAGGGCAAGGCGUAGGAAUGUGCGUUCUGUCUAUGCCACACCAAUUGAAGAUGAAUCUGUUCCUCAACCUGUAAAAGAUGCAGAAUCUCCUCGUGUUGCACGGAAACGUGGCACAGACAAAGAUGCUGGAUCAGAUGCAGCGGAGAGCCUUGUUGCCCCAACAACUUCCAAACGGGGUCGUCCCCCCAAGAAUCGGCGGCAUGCAGAGGAUGCGCUGGUGGGAAAAGUAGAACGGUCAAAAUCAACUGAGACCAAGGAAUUGGAUAGCACUGAUGAGGCAGUUUCCAAAGUGGGUAAAGGCAAACAUUCACCCCAUACACAGAAGGGACUAAGUCCAGUGAAUAUGUCACUGGCAUCUGGAUUGGAAAAAAUGUCAGAAAGCUCUAAACUCAUUACUGAAGAAAGUUCGCUUUUUCUUAAAAACCUCAGAAUCCAGCUUGAUGUGACCGAGGUAAAGGCAAUGCUUCAAACCAGUGAGGAUGAACCAGGAAGAAAUGAUGAUUCUGUCAAAAAGAGUUCACCUGGUGUUUCCUCCAAAGAUCAGUUACAAGAAACUACAUUUGGAAGUGAUGUGAUAGACGAGGAUGUUAAAAAUGAAAAUGUGGUAUUGCCAGUUCUGUCGAAAACUACUGAGCCGCAAGGACCUUUACUGUCUCGAGAGCUGGAGCUGGAGCAAGCUGUUGAGAAUAUUGCCAAGCUGACAGAAGAUUCUUCUCCUCUUCCGUUUAAAAGUAGCCCCACGAAGGCACAACGUCCAGUAGGUGAACUUGCUGAAGAACCACAGCGUGACUUAGAAGAAAAGCCUGCCAAUCCAUCCAGUGAGACAGAGCUCGCCGCUGCUAUUGAUUCCAUUACAUCAGAGGCCAGCAGUUUACCACCGGAACAAAUCAUUAGCUCUGGUGUAGAUUCAGAUCCUGACGUCCGGACUCCUGGGCCUAAUUCAAAAGUUGCUGACCCCCGUGUCAACACAGCUGCUGUUCAGGAGGAGACCACCGCAACUACUCCCAAAAAGGGCUGCAAGGGCAGAGCUAAAGCCUCAAAGAGAGCCAAAGGUCAGAAGGCAGCAGGAAGCAAAAAGGAACCCAUCAAAGAUACAGUUUUGGAUGCUGAGAGCACCUCUGGGAAGUCACCUGAGGUCAUACCUGCAGAACUUCCAACAUUAACAGAGAGAUCACCAACGAGCACUACUGUUGUCAUUACUUCCUCUUCCAAGUCAAGUGCGAGUUUAACAGCUUCUAAUUCAGAGCCCGAGGUGCCUCAAAAAACAGAGCCUGAUAUUCCAAAAUCCUCUCUAGCCAUCAGCAGAAGCCCGUCUUCAUCCAGAAAUCAGCCUUAUUCAUAUGACAGCUCGUCACCUUCAUUAUCUCCAACAAGAAUCUGUCUCGGCAAAAACUUGUCACCACAUCCAAGUAGGCUGUCUGUGUCCCCAACAGACCGUUGUAUUCCACAAAAAGAAGCAGCGGUCCUCUCUCCUCCACUGACCUCUGUAGCACCUAUGGAGAGCACAACAUUACCCACAGACACGUCUGUUCACGAUGCUGACCCAGGUGAUGUGCGUAAAAUCCUCCCCAAGCCCAGGGCUGUUCCAUUGUCAGAAAUUAGCACAACAUCUGGGAACAUUCAUGCUCCUCCUGUGAGAGAAAUUGAGAUAACACCAGAUGUGAUAACCAACAAGAGUGCUCCUCAAGAUAACAGGCAAGCAUCAGUUACUGCCCCACCUGUAGUCAGACAGCCUGCUUCUAUCCCAUCUCCAGAAACGAAGCAGAUCUUCAGUGAGAAGUCAGUCAUUUCAGUUAUCGCUUCCACUCCCACCUCUGUAAUCAGUAGAGUUUGCAAUCCUUCAGACUCUGAAGAGAAGCUAAAUGCUUCAAUAGGAAAUCCCUUUCUGGACAAACAACCUCCGAAACAGAUUUACCAGCCGAGCUUAGCAGAAAGCAGCGCUUAUCAUGGUCCGGCAGUUGGAGAGGAAGGUGGAAAUGCCGGUCGUUAUAUUGUUGAGAGUACGUCUCUGAGUACAGGCUCUAGUGCAGGACUUCGAGUUCAGACGUCAGAAGGAGUGGUGGUGUUGAGUCAUUCUGGCCAAAAAAUGGAGGGCCCGCAGCGUAUAAGUGCCAAAAUUAGUCAGAUCCCACCAGCUAGUGCUGUUGAUAUAGAGUCACAGCAACUGGGAUCCAUGCCACAGAUCAAGCCGGACCUCUACAGUGCCUCCCAGCCACCGGCUUCCAAAUCCCUUCCCUCUGAUCAUGGCCAUUCUAUAAAACCACAGCUGAACCUUUCUAUCAAGCAAGAAUCUGCACUGGACAAACUAGAAUCCGCUUACACGCCUGUCCAAAGUGGGGUUGUUAAAAGAUUGCAACAAACCGCUGGUCCAUCGCAGGUCAUGAGUUACCAUCACGCAGAAUACCCGAUGGUGAUGAAGCAUCCCAAGAAAGGAGAUGAGUCCCUGAACGUGGAUGAGCGUGUGAAACCUGCCUGGGUCCCAACUAUUAGCCCUGCUUUAAGCCCACAUCUUCCCUCAGCUGCAGGUAAUCAUGUCGGGUUCAUGUCUGGCACACCCACAGAUCGAGCUCCGUCACUCAUUCAGUCAAAACAAGAGCCGCGAUCCCCACGCAAAUCCGGACACCCUCAUUCUCCGUUCACCAAGGUAUCGUCCCCUAUUGGCUCUUCAUCUCCCAAAGGUGUGUCUAUGGUCCUUCCGUCUGGAUUGCCCUCUCUGCCUCAGUAUGUACAUCAUUCGGAGCAGUCCGUUAUCAUGCCUCCACACAACGCUCACGGCAGCAUCGGCAGAAUGUCGCCACACUGCGUCGGCCCGAUAGGACACCUUACUCAAGGCGAGGUACGAGUGAACACGCCUCCUCUCUCUAUGAUGAACUAUGGGAUUCACUCUGAGAGCCUCAGUUCCUCUUGGCCUCCUGGCCAGCAGCGUCCCACUUCCCCUCAGGCCGUGGCGAACAGAGAAAUGGUGCUCAAGGUUAACCCAGCGAAUGCAAGGAGCCUUGACGGAGGGGAGGACGAUGCCAGACGUUUCCAUCCCGCUCUCGGGAGACCGCCUGCCACACAGCUGAAAGCAGAAUCCAUACCAGCCGAAUACCGCGGAACCCUUCACAGCGGCCUUCCACUCGAUCGGUUUAACAUUGCUCCAAGAGACAUGCGCGUGCUCAUGCACCACCAGCAGAGCGAUCGUCCAGCUGCAGAAUUACACCAGGGACACAUGCCCGCUGAGAACCUACCAGCUUCUUCAACUCCCACCAGCAUGGCAGCAUCUCUUUCUCCCCGGCCGCAGAUGUUAACAAAGGGAGUGUCUGAGAAGGACGCAGCAAAAAUAUCCGAACUGAAGAGGGCGCCGUCACCGUCUGCUAAAGAAGGAAUGGUGGCCAUCCGUGGCGCGAUGCCUCCCAUAGCCUCUCCUCAGAGAGUCCAGCUGAUGGCAGUAGGAGGCGGGGCAUCUUUUACUGAAUAUUCCCCUGUGUAUACGAACCUACGGCCUGCCCAUUCUCAAUUCCCUGACGGUUCUUCACUGGGAAUCAGCGUCCCACCAUCACAGGGUGUUCAAGAGCCGGAGUCAAACCAGUCACAGGCUGAAGCUAAAGUAGAGCCAGGUGGACAUCAGCCUGUGAACAUGGUGCAGCUUCUAACUAAGUACCCCAUCGUGUGGCAAGGCCUGUUGGCGCUGAAGAAUGACACUGCAGCCGUUCAACUGCACUUUCUCUGUGGAAACAAAGCUCUCGGCCUGAGGUCUUUGCCUGUUCCAGAGAGUGGCGGGAUUCUGCGGAUUGUACAGAGGAUGCGACUAGAGGCGCAGCAGUUAGAGGGAGUCACACGCAGAAUGACUGGUGAAACUGAUUUCUGCCUGCUGUUGGCGAUGCCCUGUGGUCUCAAUCAGGAAGACGUGUUGAACCAGACACAAGCACUCAAAUCUGCCUUCAUCAAUUACCUGCAGGCCAAACUGGCGGCGGGCAUCAUCAACGUCCCCAAUCCCGGCUCCAAUCAGCCUGCUUACGUGUUGCAGAUAUUUCCGCCGUGCAAGUUUUCUGAGGGUCACCUUUCACGGCUCGCGCCAGAUCUACUCAGCCAAAUCUCCAGCAUCUCUCCACACCUCAUGAUUGUCAUCACAUCUGUGUGAUUCACCUCGACGGCCACAUGGAUCUGAAACUUCUACAUAUUAAAGUCCCCUUGUGUCUCUGAGCCGCUAAUGGGUUUGUCUGUCUACGACUUCAUCAUGUUUCUGCAGUGAUUGUAUUUAUUGACAGAUUUCUUUUUUGUUCACGGAAACGCUUCGGAAGUAAGAAGUCAGGAUUGACGUUUUCUUCAUUUGGUGAUUUGAGUCUAUUUUUUGAAGAUGAAUCAGAAGCUGUUGUAACAGACUCGUUUUUUUUAAAUUCAUCAUGUGAUCGCUGAACAUUGGAGAUGUCUCCGAUCACUUCACGCUCCAUGUACCCACCAUCAAACACGUGCAGGAUUAUGGAGUUUCUGGAUUGCCGGACUGUAAAUAUUUUAAAUAUUUAAAACCUUGGCAGGAUGACCCCAGCCCAAACGAGUCGCCCUUUACUUUCAGCUGUGGUUCUAACAGUAUCUCGGGAUGAGAAAGACAAUUGAAAUGAGUCGUACAAAAUCAAAACUGCAUUUGCGAUGUAAAUACUUCAGACUUCUGGGGCUGGAAGCUCUUUGGUGGGUUUGUCGUGGGCACUUCAAAUUUUCUUACUCAAAUAAAAAAAGAUCCAUAAAACGUUCUUG